AUGGUCAAGAUCACUUCCCUCUUUGCCCUCGCGGCCCCUCUGGUUGCUGCUGCUCCCUCGCCCCAGGAGAAGCCCCAGAUCGUUGGCGGAACCUCUGCCAGCGCUGGUGAAUUCCCCUUCAUCGUCAGCAUCACCAACAACGGUGGUCCUUGGUGCGGUGGUACUCUCCUCAACGCCAACACUGUCAUGACCGCCUCCCACUGUGUCCAGGGCCGAUCUGCCAGUUCUUUCGCCAUCCGUGUCGGAUCCAACUCUCGCACCUCUGGCGGUGUCACUUCUCGUGUCUCCAGCAUCAGAAUGCACCCUAGCUUCAGCGGCUCUACCCUCAACAACGAUGUUGCUCUCCUAAAGCUUUCCACUUCCAUCCCCGCCGGUGGCUCCAUUGCUUACGGUCGCCUUGCCACCUCUGGCUCUGACCCCGCUGCUGGAUCGUCUCUUACUGUUGCUGGCUGGGGAGACACCUCUGAUGGUGGUGGCGUCAGCCCCAUCAACCUGCUCAAGGUUACCGUUCCCGUUGUCUCUCGUGCUACCUGCCGAUCCCAGUACGGCACCUCUGCCAUCACUGACAACAUGUUCUGUGCUGGUUUCACCGAAGGUGGUAAGGAUGCUUGCCAGGGCGACAGUGGUGGUCCCAUUGUCGACUCUUCCAAGACCGUUGUCGGUAUUGUCUCUUGGGGUGACGGAUGCGCCCAACCCAACGCCUCUGGUGUCUAUGCUCGCGUCGGUACCCUCCGAUCUUGGAUUGACAGCAACGCCUAA